AUGUCGUCUUCGUCUUCUUCCGGUCAAAUCCAGACGCCCAAGAUCCUCUCUACGCUUCCGCCGAUCUAUGCGGCGCUGCAUGCGGCCAAGACGAAAUCGUCGCUCACGUUUGCGGACCUCGCCACCAAAGUGGGUAGGGAUGAAUGGUAUGUGGCCGCCAUCUUUUACGGCCAGGCCAAACCGGAUGCUAGCGAUGUCGCCAAACUCUCAGCUGCACUCAACCUGCCUCAGCGAUACCUCGACGAGGCGUUUGGCGAGGACUACUUCCCCCACCGUGGUCUCGGCGAUUUCCCACCCCAGGACCCCGUUCUUUAUAGGCUGUACGAGGUCCUCGUCGUCUACGGAUACCCCCUCAAACACCUCAUCCAUGAAAAGUUUGGAGACGGCAUCAUGUCGGCCAUCGACUUUGAGGGUCACGUGGACAAGGUCAAGGGCGCCCAGGGCGAAGACCGCGUGAAGAUCACUCUCGACGGCAAGUUCCUUCCCUACCGUCGCUGGUAA